AUGGACUUCAUCACCAAUCUUCCAAACUCAUUCGGUUUUACGGUGAUUUGGGUAAUCUGUGACCGCUUGACCAAGUACAUCCACCUCAUUGCCCUACCCACCAAGUUCACAUCUCAGGACUUGGCGCAUCGUUUUGCCGUCGAGAUUCACCGUUUGCAUGGCACUCCCAAGUCCAUAGUCUCAGAUCAUGACCCUUUGUUUCUCAGCAAUUUCUGGAAAGAAUUUUUUAAAGCACAAGGGACUAAGUUAAAAUACAGUACAGCCUACCACCCCGAAACGGAUGGUCAAACAGAAGUUACCAAUAGAUCUGUGGAAACUUACCUUCGUUGCUUUGUCAAUGACCACCCUCGCAAAUGGUUCAAGUACCUUCAUCUGGCUGAACUCUGGUACAAUACUUCUUUCCACUCUGCGAUUCAAAUGUCCCCGUUCAAAGCUUUGUAUGGCCGCGAACCACCAAACAUCAAUCAGUGCCUCGCGAGCGAAGCUAAGGGCGACCCUCUCCCUGUUUUGCUCCAAGUACAUGAACAAAUACUCACACAGUUAAAAGAGAAUCUCAGAAAAAGUAGAGUCCAAAUGGAAAAACAGGCAAAUAAACACAGAGCUGAUGUUACCUUUGAUGUGGGAGCCUGGGUUCUCUUACGCCUCCAACCAUACCGUCAGCAAACAAUCCACAAACGCGUUUCCCAGAAGUUAUCCCAAAGAUACUUUGGUCCUUUUCAAAUUGUUAAACGCGUCGGUGAGGUCGCGUAUCUGUUAGAUCUGCCAUCUUCCUCCCGCAUACAUCCGGUUGUCCAUGUCUCCCUGCUGCGUCACUACCAUGGAACAUACCCAACAACGGAUUUUUGCCCAAUACCUGCACACAAAAGCGUUAGUUUCAUUCAGGAAUCGGAAAGUGAAACAAUAGAUCUCAAAGAUGACGGAAGCGCUCUACCUAGGACGGCUAUAGUUUCGAAGGUUCGGGAUGUAUCUCCUUCAGGUCAUAGCUUGCUCAAGACAAGGAAGCAAAGUGUUUUAGCAGAAGAUUUAGAAGAAAGUACUUCACAAGGUUUGAAGCGAAGUAAUGCAGAGAGAGAAAAUGAAAGCAUUUCUGAGGGAGAGUUAGUACUUAACACAAAACAAAUGUUGUUCCCCACUAGUCAAAACUCCUCUCCUAAGACUGCCACGUGUUCCCCAUCUAACGGCCAGGAACCACUCACGUGUGGAAAACCGUGUGAGCAAUAUCCCGCUGUAUCCCACUCCCCUUUUUCUAUCAAUACUCCACCGCCCAAAGUCAUUAAUUCACCUUUUUCUGUCUCACCCACUCCACAUAAUAUCUUCCCACUGCCCAAGAAAGACCCUUCUCGGUCUCCACCCCCAACGUUCAAAUCUCAACUUCCCUCCAAUUCUCCUUCUGCCACGCGUCCGUUGCGGAGUCCUUCCCCAAACCAGAUUCCAUCCCAGCCCUUAUUUUCCCCAACCACUUCCUUGGAUCCUCUUACAAUUGCCCAUAAUUCCGAAAAUGCCACCAACAACUUGAACCUUGAGGACAAGGUUCUCAUUGGGCCUAUGAGUAUUGAUAAGAGCAGCAAUUCAAGGCCCACUAGAGUGAAAAAAAGGUCCAUUUUACUUAAGAACUUCUACACUUAUUAA